UAAAUGAUGUAAUGUGAUGUGAUGAAAAAUAAAAAUAGAGAUACAAAGAAGAUGAGAUAAAGGAGAAAAUGAAUCUACAUUGAUCAUCACGCUUUCUAAAAUUACCAUUGUAAACUAAAAGAACAUCAAUAAUGUUUGUUGCAAUACAGAUUUUGGGUAUGAAAUGUUUGAUUCGCUUGAGUAAAUGUGGGUGAAUGGUGACCCUCAAUUCCAUUGUGCCCUAUGCAAUGUGUCUGGUGGUGAUCUUGUUUAUGUAUUGGUAAUCAUUCAUUUGCUGUGUAUGAUGUAUGAAACGUUGAUCUGGUUUUAUUUGUGUUAAGGCAUGGAUACAUUUGAAAUGAGUUGUUGAUGGGACAAACCUGUGCAUAGAAUUGAAGUUUGUGAUGGAGCAUUUGGGCCAAAUAGAAGAGCGUAUUAGAUGCCUAGAAGCAGUAGUUUUCAGGGCUAGGCAGCGUCAGAGGUGGCGACCGAGUCAGGCUCCAAUUCGGAUAACUAACUAUGCAGGAGAAUCGGUAACAGUAGCUGACCUUCAAGCUGAAGAAGACAGGGUGCAUCAAGAGUUUGGUGGUGUUGAUGUUGGAGGCGAGAUGAUGGGAAGUGGGAGAAUGGGUAAAAGGAAAGCUAGCUAUUUGGUUGCUAAAGCAUUGGGUGUGGAAACCAAUCAGGGUGAGGGUUUUGCAACAAAUUUGUUUCAUUGUAAUAUAUGCUUGGACAAGGCAAGAGAUCCAGUUUUGACUUCUUGUGGUCACUUGUUUUGCUGGCCAUGCUUUCAUAAGUUGUCAUAUGCUUAUUCAAAUGUGAGGGAAUGUCCGGUUUGUAAAGGAGAUGUCACUGAAGAAGGAAUUAUCCCAAUUUAUGGCAAUGCAAGUGUUGAUAACAAUGGCAAGUUUGAAUCGAAUGAAAUUGGUUUGACAGUUCCUGCUCGACCUCGUCCACAUAGAAUUGAGAGUAUUAGGCAGCGGUUCAGAUACUGAGGAGCUUCUUCUACAAUCUAGGACUUGCUGUGGUUUGGUAACUUCUUUGUUGGAUUAGGUGACUGAGUUUAGUUAGAAAUCUCCUACAGUAAAAUUGAUAGAAUUAAUAUUUUGGCCACUCAUUCUCACUGGAAGACAGAAUGUAAUCAGCAUAGUCCUUCCCAUUAUUUUCUAGGUUGUUAGUGCAAGGAGCCACUUUUUUUCCAUCCCUUCCGUUGGUAUUUAAUUCUAAGAUUUUACAGAAAAUUUAUUUGAGGUCAUAGUCCCUGGUGAAGCAUCUGGCAUCUCAAUCUUCACUAUGUCAAUAAAGACUCACAAUUUAGCAUUGCUGCCACAAACCAAUCAGAGUCAUACUCCAGAUGUUGCUGCUACCACUUUUGCAGCCUCAUCUUCUGUAUCUUCUUCAAGUAGGAAUGAUAGCAUUUAUACUGUUACAGACUCCAAUAUCCAGACAACCGAUAAUAGUGUGCAGAUUAUUUCAUCUUACUCUUCAUCUUUGAGUAGAAUUGAUGUUUUAAGAUCAGUUUCAAAUGAGUCUAGGAGGAGAUGGUUUACAUGAUGGUCCUUCAUGAAAAGGGAAUUAUCAUGUUGACAGAAGGUUACUAUUAUGUAUACUACAAAGUAUCUGUUACACCACAUUUUCUGUUUCUUGGUGUAAAACAAAAUAUGCUAUCAAAUUAUAGUUAUAUUAUUACAUGGCCUAUG